AUGAGAGCAAUUGCGCCUGUCCUUCAGCGAGGGCCAGUUCCGCUGGUAUAUGACCUUCAUGAGCCUGCCAAGCCCGUGACCGACAAACAGACAGCUCCUAUCCUCUUCCUCCAUGGCCUUUUUGGAUCCAAGAAAAACAACAGGACCAUAAUCCUAGCCCGCGACUUGGGCCGGUACGUCUUUGCAUUGGACCUUCGAAACCAUGGUGGAUCCCCCCAUGCCCCUCGCCACGACUACACGGCCAUGGCCGAGGACCUUGCUGCCUUCAUCCAGGAGCACGGGCUCAAAAAGCCGACCCUGAUCGGCCAUUCCAUGGGCGCCAAAACAGCAAUGGCGUUAGCACUCCGGUCCCCAGAUACGGUCAACGACCUAGUCGCCGUGGACAACGCGCCCAUCGAUGCAACCCUGGGUAGCGACUUUGGCCGGUACAUCCAGGGCAUGAGAAAGAUCGACGAUGCCGAAGUGACUCGGCAGGCAGAGGCAGAUGAGAUCCUCCGGCCCUAUGAAGAGUCAGUAGCCAUCCGCCAGUUCCUGCUCGGGAACCUGCACCGCCCGGAAGGCAGCAAGAGCCAGAAGUUUAGGGUGCCGCUGAACAUUCUGGCUAAAACCCUGGACAACCUGGGCGACUUUCCAUACAAGGACCCCAGCCAGGUACGGUUCGAGAAGCGGGCCCUCUUCAUCCGCGGCACCCACAGCAAGUACGUUCCCGACGAGGUGCUACCGGUGAUAGGCCAGUUCUUCCCUCGCUUUGAGCUGGCCGACAUCGAGGCCGGACACUGGCUCAUCUCGGAGAAACCGGAGGCUUUCAGGGAAGCUGUCGUUCGAUUCUUGAGUCCGAGAGAUGACUGA